AUGGAAGAGCUUUUCUGUCAAAAUGGACUUAGUUAUUUAUUUCUAAAGCCAUGUAUUUUUUUUGUAGGUGUUCCUCUUCUUGAAUUAGUCAACAAACAAGACAAAUGUGUCCUCAAAUGUCCGAAGUAUCGAAAUAUAACUGUUGGCUACAAAAUACGGCCCCGUAGCCAAACUUCGACCGGUGAUAUCAAUUAUAACGUAACUUGUCCUGGAUGUAACGGAGAGAGCCCGGACUUCACUGGCAUUAGGGAUUACAUUCAAUAUAGACGCGUCCUCUGUGAAGGAAACAUUGCAGACACGGGGAUCUACGAAGUGGAAGUCGCAACAGAGUAUGGAAAAGCCUACUCGUCUGUAUAUAUAGAAGUGGAGUUGAAUGAGGGAUUCACGGGUAGGGUCAAGCAACCCUCUGGACCAGGCCAGAUAUUGUUUGACAACAUCGAAAUGAACAGGGGAUACUCCUAUGAUAGCAACACGGGGAUUUUCAAAGCCAAAAGGACUGGUUACUACUCCUUCUACAUGACGGCAAGAACCGAGUCCGAUCGCUAUGUCAUGAUGGAACUUCGGAAGAAUGGCGUCAGGAUGGGUUCCAUAACUAACGAUGUUUUGCCUGCCCACAGCUGGAAUGUUGAAUAUGGGGCGAAUGCUUUAGUGCUGGCCUUGAACAAGGGAGAUGAAAUGACAGUCCACGCCAACGGCACGCUGCAGAGUGGCUCUACUUUAACCUUGUUUUCAUUGCGAACUCUGAUGGAAUCUCCUCAAGAAGCCUUAUAUGCCAGCAUCCCAGACGGCACUGUGGUUCAAGGAGGUCCGUGGCAACCUCUCGCUUAUGAUGACGUACACAUCAACACUGCCCAAACUUUCACAGCGAACACCAAUUAUACCGUGUCUAGCUCCGGAUAUUACGUCAUCAGCAUGACCACCUGUCUCCUGGACUCGGCCAUUCACGCCUCUUACCUCGAUGCCCGUUUUAAGAUGACUCAUUACUCAACCCUAUCUGCUUCCUCUCGAACCUCAAAUUCAUACACAUUUAUGGCCAGAUAUAAUCAGGGUGACGUCAUACAGAACAAGUUCUAUACUUUUAACACGACACGGGUAUCAAAUGAAACUUCUAUUGCAGUGUUCAAGUAUUUUGAUUUGAAUGAAACCAAUGUGGUUGUAGUGACAGCUACUCAAAAGGAAUACUAUUUGUCCUGUGAGCAAGAAUUUUGUAAUCCGUUUGCCAACGGAGCUGUACGUGAAAACUUGGGUUCAGCCUUAGAUCCCGUUUCUGGGGUUUUCACCUCGCCCCGUUCUGAUAUGUACCUCAUUUCCGUCAAUUUGUUUGCAACCCAGGUGGACACCAUUUUUCAGAUACUUGUUGACGGUGAAGUUACAGAUACCUUUCAAAGCGAUGGACCUGCAAAUGAUAACUUCACUAAUGACAGCAAGCUGGUUUUGAUUAAGAGUCUGGAAAACGGUCAGACAUUAGAGGUGAAAAUGAAAGGCCGAACGGUCUUCUAUACCAUGCUCUCCAUUUGGACUCUGACUUCCUGAUUUUAAAACGAGGCCUCAAUUCGCAAAGAGCUUCGUGCAUUGUCAUGUUUUUCGCUUUAUCUAUUGAUGCGACUAUUUUUCCUUUCAAAAUACUGUGGAUGUAGGAGUAUGGCCAAAUUUUAAUCUAACAUAAUUUGAACAAA